UUAUAAUUAUUCCAGGUAAGCACACAAGCAAGCCAUGAUCGAGUAAAAAAAUCAGUAACAGUAACUUUCGACUUGAAUUUUUAAAUUUAAGUGAAAUUAAAAUUUUUGCCCUAAAAUCUCAAAUUAUAAGUUACAUCCAUCACGCAAUGUCAGCUCACAGCCUCACCGAAGAACAGGAACGUCAGUUCCGGAAGAUGUUCGAGAUGUUCGACAAGAACGGUGACGGCUCGAUCACCACGUCGGAGCUGGGAUCGGUCGUCCGGGCGUUGGGCAUGAACCCUUCCAUAGCGGAAAUCGAGCAGAUGAUCCACGAGGUGGACCUGGACGGCAGUGGUUCGAUCGAAAUGAACGAAUUUCUCGUCCUGAUGGCGCGCAAGUCACGGGAGGAUAGCACCCAGGAGGAGCUACGAGAUGCGUUCAAAAUUUUCGACAAGGACGGGGAUGGAUUUCUGACGGUUGACGAGCUGUCGGCUGUCAUGAAGAACUUUGGCGAGAGGCUGAGCGACGAUGAGCUGGCAGAUCUGUUGGAUGAGGCGGAUAUCGACGGCGAUGGGAAGAUAAAUUACGAAGAGUUUGUGAUAAUGUUGAGUAAAUAAACCGAACGAUUGAGA